AUGUUUCCCCGUGUCGCUUUAUUCCCUGUCCCCACUUGCGAUCUUUUUCUUGUCGGUAGGAGCCGUCUAUCACGUGCUGCGAAGUUGCAUCUUACGCGACAGCUGGUGGUGUCUGUUGCGUGGCUGCAUCGUCACGGCGUCGCUCACAAUGACUUGAAGCUUGAGAAUGUCUUUCCCAGUGAAGAAGGGAAGGCUGUCAUUGGCGAUUUGGGUUUCGGAGUGCAAAUUGGAACGUCGGCGAGACUGAAAUACACAGCGGCCUAUUUAGACCCUCAUGCUGCGGAGGAAUGCCUUAAUAAUCAAGUAGAAACAGUUGCAAAUGAAGGGACAGGUGCGUGGGCACUGGGAACUCUCGUCUUUGUGAUAUGGUGUAGAUCCUACCCAGUCGUUUCGCGUGAGCAAGCCUGCCUUUCCACUCGUGAUUUGCGGGACCGCCUGGUGACAAUGGCAAAGACAACUAAACCCACGCCAUCAUCUCACCACUGCCAGGAACUCCCCUCUCCGGUGAAAGACCUAAUAGCCGGAUUUCUACAGUGGAGCCGUGAAGCGCGACGUCUCCCAGGUGAUGAUGUUGACGAAUUCCUUGCUGCUACCUUGCUGCUACAGUCUCAGAAGCAGCGACCUCCUCAGCGAGUGUGUGACACGGAUAAUUGCCACAUUCAGAUCACGGCGACAGUGAUCCCAAAAACGAACCAUUGGUUCACCAUUCUGACAACCGGCAAGUCGGGCCGCCCAAUCGACUUUCUCAUCUACGAAAUCGGCAGAGGACUUACUGGCAUCCGUGGCCAGGAGUGA